AUGACGACAACCGUUGUAGCGAUGGCCCCCGCAAGCUCGGGCACCCUGACGGCUGGGCCUACAGCGGUGACCACAACAACAGAGACAACGUCAAUAACCCAUAGCUGCCCAGGUUGUGGGCUCCAAGUCGAUCUAGCGCCAUUCGGAAACACACAAGCGGCCCUGCUCGAUGCCCAAAAGCAGAUCUCAGACCUCCAGGCGCAAGUCCGCCUCCUCAACCAGAAAGCGACCGCCGCCGUCGACCGUUGGGCGGACUACGAAGACGAGCUCGCCCGACUACGCUCACAACUCGGCGUUUCCCGCCCCCAGACCCCGUCCUCGACCACUGGCCAACCGCACCAACACGGCCAAAGCCACGAACAAUUACAUCCUUCCCAGCAACCAAACUCCCUCCCGACCCCGCCAAGCUCGGCAGCCGGCCUGCCCUCUCCAUCACCUUCACGAACCUCUUUCCUGACGACAGGCGCCGCAAGUCGUAUUUCCGCACUACUAACUCGCAAAUCACCGCCCGUACCCAUAGCUACGCCCGUGCCAGCAGCACCGCUACCAACACCCACCCCAACACCCACUACCCUCCAACCCCGGCUCUCGGCGGGACCCCAUCCGACGCAAACUCACGGCCCAUCAAACCAAAAUCAACAACAGCAACAACAACCUUCCCCCGCAGACCUCCUCCGAGCUCUAUCUCGUGAACAAGCCCUGCGACGUGAAGCCGAGGGACGCCUCACCCAAACAAGCCGAGAAGUGGAAGAGCUCAGCGCCAGCCUGUUCGAGCAGGCCAAUGAGAUGGUGGCGACAGAGAGACGGGCGCGAGCCGCACUCGAGGCGCGCGUGGGUGAAUUAGAACGUCGCGAAAGCGAGAAACGCGGGCGGCUGGAGAGGUUGGAGAGAGCCGUCGGGCGGAUAGAGAGGGUCAGGGGUGUGUUGGCGGACGUCGAUGCUGAAGUCGAGGCAGGGAGGCUUGGAGAUGGGGAUAAGAGGUAA